AUACGAAGCAUUUGCGGACGUUUUAGUAUCAUUUCUUCUCUAACCUUUUGUCCAUUGUACAUGUAGGACAUUUCUUUCGAGUCCCAAUACAGCUCAUACUGAGGGGAUAAGAUGAAACAUUUCUUUGGAACUAUCCUACUCUCUUCCGUCAUCUCGGCACUUGCCAACUCCACAGUAAAACCUACGAAGGAAACUCAUUGUAAUGUGAAUAAUAACUACAACAGCUUCUACGCCGGACCAAACUGUAAGAAAAUCGAGCAGCAAUUGGAGGAAAUAAGACAAGAAAUCAGGGCAUUGAGAGAAAAUAAAACUACUGGGUCUGGCAACGAAAAAGGUUUGUAACAACAACUUAAUUUGUACUAGAAAUGAGCAAAGUGGAUCCUGAUUGUCACUAGCUAAAAUACGGGCAAAACCCCUCGCAAAAUGUCACGGAAAUACUAAUUCUUUAUCAGUCAUUCAUAAGACAAUUUUCUCAAAACAAAAAUAUAUAUAUAUAUACUGAAGGCAUUCCCCAAGAAUAUAAGGCCUAUAAAAGGAAAAAUAAUAAUUAUGGGAUCAUUAUUUUGUUUUCAGUUUACAAGAACUGCGCUGAUGUCUACAAGUCCGGUGACAAGAUCAGUGGAGUGUAUAAAAUCAAUCCUGAUGGUUUGGGGGAAUUUGAAGUGUUCUGUGAUCAGAAAACAGCCGGUGGAGGUUGGACGGUGUUUCAGAAGAGGCGAGAUGGCUCUGUAGAUUUCUUCCGAGGUUGGAAUGAUUACAAAAAUGGUUUUGGCAAUCUGAACGGUGAGUUCUGGCUCGGUUUUGACAAGAUACAUCGGCUGACUGUAAUCAGCGGUUAUAAACUCCGUGUCGACUUGGAAGACAUUCAUGGAAAAACUGCAUUCGCUGAGUACAGCUCCUUUUCUGUGACAAGCGAGAGAGCGAAAUACCAACUGAAUUUGGGAAGUUAUUCAGGUUAGUUGACUCCCAUCUACUAAUACAAGAAUCAGUCGGCGAAAGAAAAUGCUGCAAAACAGCAAAAACACAAAUUAGAAAGAAAAAAAUUAUAAGGUAUUGUAGAUACUAAUCGCAAUUUAUCGCAACUGGAAAGUUAUUUUUAUAUACAACAACAAUUAACCUUCUUUGCAAUGUCAUAAUACUGAGAUCAUAUCAAAAACGUAUUUAGAAUAUUAAUUUUUGUUUUUGCUGUUUCAUAUCCAAUACCAAAAUAAAAUGGCGCUCAUUAGAACCGUCUGCCACCGAUUGAUUUCACUUGGAUUGAGGUAUAACUGAGCUAUUAACUCUGUUGAGAGAGAGUCCAUCAUAGGAGCUCAGUAGUUUCUGUAGACUUUGUUGCUAAAGCUCUGUUGACAGGAAAAACUGAUAUCUCGAAAGCCUCAAAGACGAAACAACUCCUUUUCCUUACAAUACAAAUUAAGGGAACACUACCCUUGACAUGGACUUCCAUCAAAAGUCGGCUCACAUAGAGUUCAGAAAUUAUGGUAUUUUGAAUUUGCGAUAUCUAAGUUAACCCAUCCAACACUAUGCUGCAGACAAAAUUGGAGUGAGUUAAGGACAGUGAUGCAGGAUGUUCAUAUAGAUUUUCAGCCGCAACGCAAUCUCUACCAGUUAGGGAACACCAGUGUUGUAGGAUUUAGCUGAAGACAUGACUCAGUGUAAUGUUCCUUAUUUGUCAAUUUUAAUUUCUAAUUGUUCAGAAGUGUUUCGUCCGAUCUCGGUAAAUUAGCGUGGAAAUUCAGUAUUGUUGCAGAAAGUCAAAUUUAGAGGAUGCAAAAAAUAACCGAACACCUAUAUUUCGCUUUUUUUCUUUUUAUAGGUACCGCUGGUGAUUCCCUUGGUCCUCAUCGUGGUAUGUUAUUUUCCACCAGGGAUCGUGACAAUGACAAAUGGAGUACUGGCAACUGUGCCUCGAAAUAUACUGGCGCCUGGUGGUACAACGGUUGUCACUACUCCAAUCUGAAUGGUUUGUACCUCAAUGGUAAGGACGACCCUAAAGGAAUGGACUGGCGCCUUUGGAAAAACACUCACUAUUCGGUCAAGAAGUCUGAGAUGAAGAUACGUCCAAAAGAUUUUUGA